AUGUUCGACCAGGAUUUAGACUCAUCAUUCGAUCACAUGAUCUCCACUGUGUACAGACAAACUAGUCGAUAUCUUUUGGAAACCUUGAUCAAACGCUAUCACUUUUUGGAUCACCUCAGGGUAAGUCCGGUUCGGUAUAACGACUCGAUUGAAGCUGAAUUGACAGCCAAUUUGUUAAUCAUCCCUAUGGAGCAGAUCGUUGCCGAUCUCUCCAAACCUGCAUCUCAGUUGCUCACGCACCGUCUGAGCGGCACCUUGGAAACGGCCAUUCGGGACACCAAUGCCCAGUACGAGCAACCGGAAAUAUUGCAAAGGUUGGAUGUGCGUCUCCUGGAUAUGUCCACAGAUGAUACGGGAUGGGAUGUGUUCUCUUUGGACUACCAUGUGGAUGGACCGUUGGCCACAAUAUUCACUGACGAUUGUCGUCUCAUGUAUUUACGGGCAUUUAACUUUUUGUGGCGCGCGAAACGUAUGGAAUUCUCCCUGAGCACGUUAUGGAAGCAACAGAUCAUCGCUGCUCGGCUGGGUCAUGGACUGAACACUGACUUGGAACCGGUUCUCCAUUUGUCCGAGCUGCUCGGGGCUGAGAUUCGCCAUUGUGUACAACAGAUACAGUACUACAUCAACUUCGAGGUGUUGGAAGGUGCAUGGGAGAUAUUGGUCAAACAGAUUCAUGGGGCCACCGACUUGGACGAAGUCAUUGAGGCCCAUCAAGCUUUCCUGACCAGUGUGAUUACACGGUGUCUCCUGGACGCUCCAUCACGUCAGCUGAUUGGUCAACUGCGUACAAUUUUUGAUCUGAUUUUAAAUUUUACUCAAUUACAUCAGGAGCUAAAUCAGGUCGCCCAAGCAGAAUUGACCAAACGGGAGUAUUUUGCGAGUGAGGUUGCUAAAUUCACCAGACGAGGCGAGUGGGGCACAAACAACGCGAAUGAGGCCAAAGAGAGGACUCGACGAAACCAAUUUAUCCAACGUAUCGUCGGUCCGUUCCAAGCUCGCAUCCGAAUCUUGGCUUCCAGCUAUCGCGAAAUGGUGGUCAACUUUAUUCGCAUGCUCUGUACGCACCCUGAUCAAAGCUUGCGCUUCUUGGCGAAUCAUUUGAAUUUCAACGGUCACUAUUUUCGUGUCAGCGGUUCUCUGGACUCCACUUCAGCUGUUUCUCCGGUGAACGAAUGUCGCCGUUAUCUCUCCGGUUCCACCACGCCGUAUCGGUCCACACGGGCCGGUUCUCUGUCAUCCGAAUCCAAUUCGGUCGAAGCAGUCGGUGCCCAAGGAGAUCCUCGCAAUGGCCGCUAA